CGCGACGACCGGAAGUAAGCUGCGGGGCCGCGGGGCUGCGCGGCGUCCUGAGCUCUGGAGUUUUGACUGCGGCGCGAUCUCUUCUCCCGGGUUCUAGCCGAUAUGGAUAAUGCCUGCGAAUCGCCCACGGAAAAAGGUGGAGAGACCGGGGAAUCAGACGAGCCGACGGGGGCUCCUGGGGGCUCCAGGGUUACAGAUACGGACGGAAUCCCGGAGGAAACGGACGGUGACGGCGACGGGGAAUUGAAAGAGGCCGCCGCUGAAGAAGGCGAGCUCAAGAGUCAGGAUAUCGCGGAUUUAACAGCAGUUGAAAGGGAAGACUCAUUACUUACUCCUGCAGCCAAAAAACUCAAAAUAGAUACCAAAGAGAAGAAAGAGAAGAAGCAGAAAGUGGAUGAAGAUGAGAUUCAAAAGAUGCAAAUCCUGGUUUCUUCUUUUUCUGAGGAGCAGCUGAACCGUUAUGAAAUGUAUCGCCGGUCAGCUUUCCCUAAAGCAGCCAUUAAAAGGCUGAUCCAGUCCAUCACAGGCACCUCUGUGUCUCAGAAUGUUGUUAUUGCUAUGUCUGGUAUUUCCAAAGUUUUCGUCGGGGAGGUGGUAGAAGAAGCACUGGAUGUGUGUGAGAAGUGGGGAGAAAUGCCACCACUACAACCCAAACACAUGAGGGAGGCUGUUCGGAGGUUAAAGUCGAAGGGGCAAAUUCCCAACUCAAAGCACAAAAAAAUCAUCUUCUUCUAGACCAAAGUCCAGCAGGGCCCGGUACUGAAGGAAGAAGUCCUGCUUCCGGACUUGCUGUUGCACGAGAUUCCCCGCACUGGUGCUUCAGUAUCUCAGUCCUCCAAGGAUUCCAUGAUUUUAAUGUCUUUCUCAAAAUUGAUAAUUCAUUACACCUAGAAGAAGGCAUGUACCCUGUUUCAUACUUGCCUUGACUAAAUAUCGGGACCUCUGAGGGCAUCUGAGGCAUUUAAUUGUUACUGGCUAGUUGUAAGAAGAAAGGUUGGUGCACCUUAAGCAUCUUCUGGACAGGAAUGCUGCUUUCAGAAAGAAAACCUGUUCAAGACGGUUUGACGGUUUCACAUUGAAGCCUGAAGUUGUUAUGACUUAGGUUGUUUCUUUACAUCUGGUUUUAAGUAAAUGAAACAACCAGAAACUUGACUUGUGAUACUCUACCAUGAAGGACACGGUGACAGCAGAAGCAGUGGAACAGUUUGUCCCUGUAAAUGUUUAAGAUUCUUCUAUGAAUUUUGGUGAAUGAUUAAUAAAACUGUUUUCCAACUUGC